AUCAAGACUUUACCAUUCAAAGUCACCUGUCUUGGUCUAAUAAACAUGGCACCUGACUCAGAGACUCUGUACGGAUUUACACCCGUCGCGGCGUCAGCACAUACGCUUUUGUCUUCUGUCUCGCCUUCCUCAGCUGCACCAUUCAUCUCAGUUGCAGAAACCCCAGUUCCAGAAACGGCUCUCGCUCGACGUAUCAAUACGUACGCACAGUCUCAUCUCCCAUUGCCAACCUACAAUCACUCUCUCCGCGUCUACCAUUUUGGACUUGCGAUGAGGCGGCACUUGUUCCCCUCGUGGACCUUCACUGAUGAGACAUACUUUCUCGCGUGUCUGCUUCACGACAUCGGGGCUACUGAAGAUAAUCUGACCAGCACAAAACUAAGCUUCGAGUUUUUUGGUGGCCUGAUUGCUUUGAAUGUUCUUCAAGAAACUACAGAUUCAUCUCAAGACACGGCAGCACCGAGAGACCAGGCCGAGAGUGUUGCUGAAGCCAUUAUUCGCCAUCAAGAUUUAUGUAGCACAGGCAAAAUUACAGCCGUGGGACAGCUUUUACAGCUAGCAACCAUCUUUGACAAUACUGGUGCAUAUGCCGAAUGUGUUCACCCUGCAACAAUUGAAGAUGUCUCGCAUCAUUUUCCGAGGAUGAGCUGGAGUCACUGCUUUGCUGCCACCAUCCGUAGGGAGAACGAGUUAAAGCCUUGGUCUCACACUACCACUCUGGGUGAAGAUGCUUUUCCAGCCAAGGUGCUUGGUAACAAGCUUAUGGAGCCCUUUGAGUAAACUGCAAACGUUGGAGAUCUGCUGCGUCGGUGGUAUUCUGUAUUUAUA